CCCCACGACGCUCCUCGAGAUCGUUGUUUACAUUCGUCCAUCCAUGCGAGUUGUACUGUGACGUUGUCACAACCUCAGAAGACGGACGACGUCGUCACUUCAGGCUUCUGCGCUUCAAAGGGGGAGAACCUUGUAGAUUUGACUGUCCUCCCAACAAUUCGUCUUUCGAGCUUCCAAAUUGGUUGCCACCAUUUCACCACCAAACAUGUACAGCUCCAGCUAUUCCCGGGCCAAGUUUGGCCUGGAGGCGAGGGAGCCUUUGCACAACCCCAAAGGCAAGAGCUGUGGCUACUACUUGAAGAUCGUAUUCUUCUUCUCCUCACUUAUCCAGUCCCUCAUCAUCGUCAGCCUGGUGCUCUUCCUCAUCUACGGGCAACCGGAGAAGUCAGCUGAGGAGAUGAGAGUCAAGGAGCUGGAGCUGGGCUUCAAUAGACUGAGUGAGAACAACAUACAGCUGAGGAGGGAGAAAGGCGAACUGGGAGCUCAACUUGGGGCACGCACGGCUGAGAAAGAUGCUCUUGCGAAGCAGCUGGAUCAGCUUAUGACUUAUACCAACGCCACCAAGUUUGACCUCAUGAAUAAAUUAGCCAACUGUGAGAGGCAGGUGAUGGCAGCGCAGAGCAUGCUCAUGCGAUGUUCCACCCCCCGAAUACAGCAACCUGUUGUGGUCGCUCCAAAUAAUGAGCUCAAAACUUUACAGAGCCUCAGCGCCCAGCAGAGAGCAAUGAUUGAACUCAUCGAAGCCAACUUCAGCCACACGGUCCACUAUCUAAGUCAGGAGAGGGACAAUGCCCUCAAGGACAGAGACAUCCACCACCAGGAUGGCAUUGCUCUCCGCAGAGAAAACACCAUGCUGAAGGAGCAGCUUGCCGCUUACACCAGGAAAUGUAAAGAGGACUUUGCUCAUUCUUUGAAUGGAAUCCAAUCGGUGACCAGGGAAUUUCUCAACAAAAUCAACAACCUGUUCCCCCACCAACUGACCUUUCACCUCACCUGUGAGAGUCAGCAGGAGCAAAUGGAGAAGAUAAGAAACAGCUGCACCAACCUUUCCAGGGAUGUGGAAAACAAGUUUCAGCUGUAUUUGGACAACGUGGGCAACAAGGUGGCUCAAAUUCAAGUCACGUCAAGCCGACUGGAGGUGCAAAACUCGCACUUUAGCGCCGACUUGCAGAGAUGUGAACAGAACCGCAACGAGACACUCGCCGAGACCAGCAGGCAGCUUCAACUCAAGCAGAAGACUCAUGACGAGAAGAUGGAGAAACUGCUGAUUGAGAAGAACCGGCUAAGAGAACAGAAACAAUUGCAAGCGGACACUUUGGCCCUGAGAGAAAAGGAGCUGCAGACCCUGAGGGCAUUGCCCAGUUGCAAGGUGGGUCCGCCUCAACUCGCGGGCGUGCCGUCGAUCCCGCAGCAGAACAGACAAAUUGCAGCCAACUGAGCUAUUGCAGCACCAAGCUUCAGCAAAACUCCAACGGUAAGAUGAACUGCUCCCUUCAGUAUGUGUGGAAGACGCACCAUUGGUGUAAAAAGCCCGACGUCAUACGAUAUAUGAAGACGCCACAAACAAGACUAGGAACAGUCUGUAAAUAUCCUGAGUCAUCAUGCACUCAUGAUUGCUUCUCACUUUGAAAAAUGCGUAGUAAAGGUGUGUUUAUCCUGGCAGACAGGCUCAUGCAGAAAACGUGAUAAUGACACUGGUGUAAAUAUUGCUUGUGGGUGCUACUCACUUUGUAGUGAAACAAAUGUUUCUUUUUUCAGUUGAAUAAAUUAAAUGAACCAUCAAAAUGUG